AUGACAAUCCCUGCAUUCCAAGGUAAAAAUGAUCCUGAAUUAUAUUUAGAGUGGGAGAGAAAGGUUGAAUAUGUGUUUGAAUGUCAUAAUUAUUCCGAGGAGAAGAGGGUUAAACUAGCCAUUGUUGAGUUCCAUGAUUAUGCUAGUAUUUGGUGGGAUCAAAUGGUGACUAGUAGACGUAGAAAUGGGGAGAGGCCUAUUGGUACAUGGGAUGAGAUGAAGGCUGUCAUGAGAAAAAGGUUUGUACCCAGCCACUACUAUAGAGAUUUGCACAGGAAAUUGCAAAGUCUAACUCAAGGCUCCAUGAGUGUGGAAGAUUACUAUAAGGAGAUGGAAAUAGCCAUGAUUAGAGCCAAUGUUGAAGAAGACCGAGAGACAACUAUGGCUAGAUUCAUUGGAGGUUUAAAGAAGGAGAUAGCUGAUGUGGUAGAAUUGCAACAUUAUAUAGAGAUGGAGGAUUUGCUGCACAAAGCUAUUCUAGUGGAAAGGUGUCAAGGAGUUGGACAUAUUGCUUCUCAAUGUCCAAACAAAAGAGCCAUGAUACUGCUGGAUAAUGGAGACAUAGAGAGUGUGAGCUCAAGUGAUGAUGACAUGCCACCAUUGGAGGAUUGUAGUGAUGUUGAAGUUGCUGAACCUGUUGUUGGAGAUGUGCUUGUUACUAGGCGUGCUCUCAACAUGCAACCUAAGGCGGGUGGUAAUGAGGAGCAACGUGAGCAUAUAUUUCAUACAAGAUGCCAUAUAAACGACAAGGUAUGCAGCUUAAUCAUUGAUAGUGGGAGUUGCACUAAUGUUGCUAGCACCUUGUUGGUUGAAAAAUUGAGUUUGCCCACAUUAAAGCACCCUAAUCCAUAUAGACUUCAGUGGCUGAAUGAUUGUGGAGACAUAAGGGUGACUAAGCAAGUGAUGAUUUCAUUUUCCAUCGGUAAAUACAAGGAUGAAGUUCUUUGUGAUGUGGCACCUAUGCAUGCUGGACAUCUACUUCUUGGGCGUCCGUGGCAAUUUGAUAGAAGGGUUAUUCAUGAUGGGUACAAAAAUAGAUACACUCUUGUUAUGAACAAUCACACUAUUGUUUUAACACCUCUCCAACCAACCGAGGCCUAUGCUGAUCAAAUCAGAAUUACAAGAGAGUGUAAUUUGAGAGAGGAACAAUUGAGCAUUCAAGAAAAAGAGAGAAAAGAUAAGAAAAAUGAGAGUCAGCAGACGAAAGAAAAGAAUAAAUCAGAAUCCAAAGAAGAGAAAAAAAAGAGAGUGAGUGCAUUUGCAAGCAAAAGAGAGGUUGAGAGUGCCUUGUUAGCAAAAGAGCAGCUACUUGUGCUCAUACAAAAGGAUGUUUAUUUUACUAACGAACACAAUUCUUCUUUGCCUAGUAUGGUUGCUUUUUUGUUACAGGAAUUUGGUGAUAUUUUUCCAGAAGAAAUUCCCCAUGGAUUACCUCCUACAAGAGGUAUUGAGCAUCAGAUUGACUUAAUUCCAGGUUCUUCAAUCCCAAAUAGACCAGCCUACAGAACAAGUCCAGAGGAAGCAAAAGAAAUUCAAAGGCAAGUAGAUGAGUUGCUGCAAAAAGGAUUUGUGAGGGAGAGUCUUAGCCCGUGUUCUGCUCCUGUGAUCUUGGUUCCGAAGAAAGAUGGGACGUGGCGCAUGUGUACGGACUGCCGAGCCAUAAAUAAAAUCACUGUAAAGUAUCGAUAUCCUAUCCCUAGAUUGGAUGAUAUGCUUGAUGAAUUGCAUGGUUCGUGUGUGUUUUCUAAAAUAGAUUUGAAGAGUGGAUACUAUCAAAUUCGCAUGAAAGAAGGUGAUGAAUGGAAAACAGCUUUUAAAACAAAAUAUGGUUUAUAUGAGUGGAUGGUGAUGCCAUUUGGCUUAUCUAAUGCACCCAGCACCUUCAUGAGGUUAAUGAACCAUGUUUUGCGUUCUUUCAUUGGGAAAUUUGUUGUAGUGUAUUUUGAUGAUAUUUUGAUUUAUAGCAAAACCUUAGAUGAACAUGUUAAUCAUUUGCGAAUAAGUGUGGAUGAGGAGAAGGUAAGGGCAAUUAGAGAAUGGCCUACACCUAAGAAUGCAAAUGAGGGGCCGUACUAA